AUGGCAGUUCCUCAGCUAAUGUCAAAAAAAACGGCAACAAGCAACAAAUCGUUGUAAAAACGGAAUUAUAUCAGAUAAAAGUUUGGUUUUUCAUUGUUUGGUGUCAUUUUGUUUAAAGUUGAUUUAAUGUUAACACUUCCAUACACGUAACACAAUAUGAUUGACGAAAACAUCACAGUCAGCGAUAGUUCUGAUUUAGAAGAGGGCGGAACUCCUGAACUUCGCGGAUACCUAAGCAAAUGGACAAACUAUAUACACGGCUGGCAGGAUAGAUUUAUUGUCCUUAAGGAUUCUACUUUAUCUUAUUACAAGAAUGAACUCGAAAGCAAUUUAGGAUGCCGCGGUGCCUUAUGUCUGAAAAAAGCUAAAGUCAAGCCUCACGAGUUUGAUGACUGUAGAUUCGAUGUUUCUGUUAGCGACUGCGUUUGGUACUUAAGAGCGUCUAAUCCAGAGGAGAAACAGCAAUGGAUUGAUAUUCUAGAGUCUUUCAAACCACUGAAGGCAGAUGAGCGGGCUGUUCAAUUGACAGUGAACUGUCACCGUCGCCCGUGGACAUCUCCAACGCCAGAGGUUGAAUCAGGGUACGGUACAAGUUCAGAUAGUAGCUCAAAUGGAGGAGGUCUUCAAAGGCAUGGUUCUGCCACUUCACUACAGUCUACAGGGUCACACGGUCACUCUACACGUCGCCUCACAGAGAAAAUCACUGAGCUGGAAACGUACAAUGAGCUUCUGUCAAAGCAAGCAAUACAACUGCAACAAUACUUUGAUAUGUGUAUCGAUUCUUACCCAAAAAUUGAUGAUGCUAAUGAUGCGAUAGAUGCUGUUAAAUUAGCCGAUGGCAACGAUCUCAGAGUGCACGCAGGCGAAGUGCGGGCGACGAGUACGUCGUUCCGAGCGACGUGCGGCGCGACGGUGGCGACGCUGCAGCACUGCGUCGAACUGUUGCGUCGACGCGAGAAGCAGGCGAGACAAGCCGAGGACUUAUAUAUGGCUCUCAAGACUCAACUAAAUGAAGCGAGAUUAGCAUCCAAACCCGGACCAGACCACGAGGAGGGUCCACACUCCACCCUCCCCGACGACGAGUUCCACGAUGCGAUCGAGACAGGCUUCGACAAAAUGGAGGAGGAGCGGUGCACAAGGGUGGUGCCGACCGUACACACCCGCGACCAGAUUGAAUUGCCACCGCCGGCCAUCGAUAACCGUCUCACCGUACAUCCCCUGUGGCCGGAGAUUGACAGGAUAUCGACAGAACAAAUACAGGCCGCGUUCGAAGGUGUCGGCGGUGAAAUCGGGUGGCAGUUGUUUGCUGAAGAGGGGGACAUGAGGAUGUACAGAAGGGAAGUGGAAGUCGACGGCAUGGUGAUGGAUCCUCUGAAGGCGAUGCACAAGGUGCGUGGCGUCUCUGCGCGUGAAAUGUGUCAUUACUUCUUCAACCCGAGAUACAGAUAUGAAUGGGAAACUACCCUAGAACAGAUGACGAUAGUAGAAGAGAUCUCAUCAGAUGCGCUGGUGUUCCACCAAACGUUCAAGCGGAUCUGGCCGGCGUCGCAGCGGGACGCACUGUUCUGGUCACACGUGAGGGCCUCCAGCGAAAACACCUUCGCUGUAACCAACCAUUCCACUACCAACACGGAAUACCCAGCGAACUCUAGUGCGUGCAUCCGUUUGUUCGUGACCGUGUGUCUGGCUUGCCGCAGCACGUACCCGGCCGGCGAGCAGCCCACGCGGGAUAAUAUCACCACGAGCAUCGCCUAUUGCAGUACAGUGAACCCUGGAGGUUGGGCACCGGCCGGCGUGCUCCGUGCCGUGUACAAACGUGAAUAUCCCAAGUUCCUGAAGCGUUUCACCGGCUACGUCGUCGACCAGUGCAAGGACAAACCUCUCGCCAUCUAGCGGCGCGAUAACUCAACUGUUGACGCGCGCGCCCGCACGCUAUGCGAGUUCACGUUAUUUAUUCUUAUGUUUUAGUGUUAUCGUUAUAUAACGUCGAUGUUGCGUGAUAAGAAGGUAUCGUCAUAAAAAUUCAAAUCAGCCGAAAUAAUGAACGUUGAUAAACCAGUUAUUCUAAAUACAGAUUAUCAACUCUAAUAUGUUCGCUGUAUAUAUAAAUUUAUAUCAAUCAAUUACUGCUGAUAGGACUUCUUGAGUCCGCGCGGGGAUAGGCACCACCGCCCCGCCUAUUUCUGCCGUGAACCAAUAAUGCGUUUCGGUUUGAAGGGCGGGGCAGCCGUUGUAACUAUACUGAGAUCCUUAGAACUUAUAUCUUAAGGUGUGUGGCGCAUUUACGUUGUAGAUGUCUAUGGGCUCCAGUAACCACUUAUCACCAGGUGGGCUGUGAGCUCGUCCACCCAUCUAUUGCAAAAAAAUAAAAUAAUCGAAAGAUUUGAUUAUUUAAAAUUUAUUAUAGAGUAUUGAAUUCGAAUGUAUUUAGUGGAUUAUAUUCGGGUUCAUGUCGUGAGGUGCCUGAUCGACUUAUACAAACUGAAGGUAUGUACAGGAAAGUUUAGAUAUUUAUGGUUCAUGGUUACACUAGGUUUUUCGGCGUAAGGUGAUCGGUUUAUUAGGUCAGGGGGUAUUGGCCGUUCCUAUACAUUUAGUACUGGCGAAUUCAGACACGAUAAUAUCAAUAUAUUUGCGACGAAACAUGUAUGUUCACUUUACAUGUAUUUUCAUUAUUUAUAGGACCUCUUGUGAGUCCGCACGGGUAGGUACCACCGCCCCGCUUAUUUCUGUAGUGAAGCAGUACUGCGUUUUGGUUUGAAGGGUGGGGCAGCCGUUGUAACUAUAGACCUUAGAAUCAUAUCUCAAGGUGGGUGGCACAUUUACGUUGUAGAUGUCUGGGCUUCAGUAACCACUUAACACCAGGUGGGCUGUGAGCUCGUCCACCCGUCUAAGCAAUAAAAAACUGUAACAUAAUUAAUAAUCACCUGAGACGGGAGAUCACCUGGGAAUUUGGGGACAGUUCACUUUUGCUUUACAUUGCGUAUAAUCCAUCAGCCCACACACGUCCACUGCUAUAUAAAUAUUUUUACCAUCUUGGUACAAUCGUAACAGUUUUUGGCAGUGUAUAUAUAAAGGGGACUCAUAGACAUUCAUUAUGAAAUGUAACACGAAUUAACAGGUGUUUACGCUUAGGUUAAUAAAUAUAAAAGAGGGUAGUUGUUCAUUGCCGCUUCGGCUCGGGGAACCGUAUCGCACUGAGUAUGUAUUUGGUUGAGUUUAAAAUACGUAAAUUUCGACACAUUAAAAUUUUACGAAAAUGACUUAAGUGUUACUUAAUAAGAAUCAUCGAUCUUGGAAAUCGAUUGAGUUGAAAAACGAUACAGGUAUUUUUUUAUUUAUUUGUUUUAUCUGUUUGAUCUCGAUUCGGAAAGGUUUUAUUAAGAAAUUAUUAGCUUUGGCGUAUAAAAAAAAUAAAAAAAAAUAACGUAUUAUAGAACCUCAGCUUAAUUGUUAUAUGUAAUAUUAUUAGCAUCUGUUUUCUUAGAUUGUCAUUAGUCGAAGUCAAAGGGUAAUUAAAAGGGAUUGGUGAUAGUUCGAUGUGUUCGUUACACUAAUUGAAUUACGAAUCUAAACAAACAAAAAAUGAAUGUAUAAAAAUAUGUAUGUAGUUCAUUUCCUACUCGUAUUUAGUACAGGGUCGAUAUCUAAAUUGUCGCUGUUAUCUUAUUCAUGAAAUUUUAAAUAUGGAAAUACCCGAAGACAAAUAUAAAAUUGUUUUAUACAUUAUUUUGUUCAUAAUUGCUGUUUAAGGACAAAAGAUCUUCUAAAAUGUUCAAUGUACAAUUGCUAUUUAACGACAGAGAUCUUUUAAUAUGUUUCAAAAAAAAAACGGUCAAAAUAUUUUGUACAAGAAUCUUCAUUUUCAAUUUCUUGAGUCGUAUCUUUUCUUUUGUUGUCACUAGAAAAAAUACAAGAUUUGGAAUUGUUCAAAUAAACUCGAGAUUUGUGUAUAGAUUCGUUUAGAUUUUAGUAUUUCAUAAAAAAAAUAUCGCUAUAGUUCCUUCUGUUCUUUGUUAGCCGAGCUGCUAAAACUAUUAAAUAAUUAUGUUUUUAAACAAUUUUGUUUUCAUGUUUAACUAAUUUACGUGUGUAAUUAAUAGUAUUAUUACGUUUUCGUAAUUAUUUUGGCUCGUCCUACUGAAUUUGUAUUUUUUUUUUAUUGCCCUUGUAGGCAGACGAGCAUACGGCCCACUUGAUGGUAAGUGGUUACCGUCGCCCAUGGACUUCAGCAAUGCCAGGGGCAGAGCGAAGCCGCUGCCUACCGCUAGUAUGUACUGGAGAGCAAAUCUAUCGAAUAGCCUGCAUUGUACUAUUGGCACCGUGUUUUUUUUCUCCAAAGAAUUGUAAUUGGAACUGGUUUUUAAAAUAAAACUGUUCAUCCUUUGAAAAUAUAUUCAAUAUUGUUUCAUACAUAUAUUUUUUAAGUUUACUUUUGAAGCUACAAAAACAAUUUCAUUAUCAGAAUAUACAUACAUAAUAUGUAUAUUGAUUUCAAAAACAUUUGUCUUUGUAGCGGAUUUGAAUAUCGAUAUUUUUUUUUUUUGUUAUAUUCAUGCAAAUGUAAAAGCAAGUAAAUACAAUAAUUUACUAUGAAUACAGGAUAUUUUUAGUGUAGGAGAAAAACCAGUUAAUCAUAUUAUAUACCGAGUAAAAUAUAUUAUCGAUAUUUAUUUUUUGUUGUUAUGUUACUGUUUUGAAUUAAUUAUAAUAACCAACCAUUCCAGCGAGCGAGAACCAUUGCGAAUUAUAUUUAUUAUAUUCUUAUGUAGUAGUACCUGAUGCAGAAUUUAUUUAUAGGAACCUAUAAUUUCAUUUUCACUUGUUUAAUUAAUAAUUUUCGUUUAAGAUUGGGAUGGUUUCAGUUCACAAGCACUCAUUGGUUUCGAUGUAAUGUAUCGGAAAGUUUCCGAUAAUUUUCUAGACUUUUCUUUUGAGAUAUGAUUGAAACUAUUUUGAGGUUCGUCGAUACAGGGUCGCGUUCGUAGCUACGUGAAUGAUACAGAAUUAGGGACAUAAAUGGGUAAUUAAUAAAAAUACGCAUGAUCGAACUUUAAAAUAGUUUUCAAUCAGGAUUGUGUUAACCGUACAAACUUUCCUUUGUUUUUUUUUCUGUUUACGAUUGUAAAAUUGUAAAUUGUAAAAUUACUUGUAAAUAAAAAUACAUUGUAUGCAAGUUGACUUAAUCACCGCAGUAUGCGACUGCCGGGGAGUGUGCACAUACCUACAUUUAUUUAGCACGCUUUUUGUAUUGAUCUGACUCGAUUGGCCUGACAAUAUCAAAGCGAUUAACUUGACUAUUUGCGCAGAUUACUACUCUCCUCUUUAAUGCGUCGAUAAUCCUCAAUGCUCUGGGUCGUGGCCUCUUGAAGCUUUCUUGGGAAAAUACACAGAAAUACAUACACAUUACUAUUAAUUUGGCGUAAAAUCCUGACUAGAUUAAAUGGGAAAAAAAACAAAAUUGUUCAGCUUCGGAUUCGAUACAUGUAGAUUAUUUAAUUUAUACAUCUAAUUUAAAAUUGUUACAUUACUAUAUUCGUGUCUGUUUGAGCUUCACAAUCGAGAGGUAAGUACAUUAUAGCCAGCGACGAAUAAUGUUGUUUUUCAUUAUGAAGGGUAUUUUAGUUUUUGUGUAUCUAAGGUUUUUGGAAAAAAAAUUGCUGACAUUUCGUUUUUUCAUGCCCAUACCUGUCAAAGUAUAUUCCCAUCAAAUUUCCAGUGUUGCCACACUAAACGUCGGAUGUUAAUUACUCUUGCGUAUUUUAUUUACUGUAAGUGACUUUGUUAUUGUGAAAAGGACGCAAUUACUUUGCGUUUCAACGUUGAUCUAAUACGCUAGACUAGAAACGACGCCAUAUUUGUUAGAUUGGCGAUAUUGGAUUGGAAAACAGAUUUUUUUCCUACUUACUUGACACUUAUCGUUAUAUUUUGGGUAAUUUACAAUAUAUCUUAUAAACGAUAGCCUAUGUGUUAUUCUGAUGUGUCAGCUAUAUUAUUGUAAAGUUGCAUCAAAAUCCAUUCAGUAGCUUUGCUUGAAAGAGUAACAAACAAACAUCCAUACAUUCUUAAAAACUUUCGCGUUAUAAUAUUAGUAGGAUAAAAAUAUAUUAUUGAAUUGAAAACCCAUUUCAAGGAAUACACCAAUUGAACUGAACAAUGGGACCACAUUACAACCAAAAAGGUGUAGUAAGGCCUGAGAAAUCUGUGUACGUAUAUAAAAAAAAACACAGCCGAACAUUAGUAAACCCUUCGCCUAUUUUUGAAGUGGUAACAUAACUAUUAAUAAUCCACCGCAAACUCUCGUGUAAUAUAAUACAUUUAGUUUUUUUCUUCAGCAUACAAAAUGAAGAGUAACACAUUAAAAGUUUGUACAUACGAAUUAAUUCGUGAUUCGGGAGCCGGUUAAGUCAUAAGCAAGGUAUUCUAAUAAAACUUACGAAUCAAAAAAUAAAAAUAAAAGAAGAAAAUUUCAACUGUAGUUAAAUAUUUUGAUUUGUAUAAUUAAGAACGGACGAACGCAGAAAUAAAACUGCAUUUAUAUAAAUACGCAAUGUUGGAAUUGUAAGUUUUAUUGUAAAAUAUGUUUUUUGAUUAUUUGUUUAUAAUAAAAAUGUUUUAUCAUGGA